AUGUUUCCCGCGAACAACAAUGCAUUUUAUGAUGACUAUUACACGCAAUACAAUACGCUAUAUAAUAAUAAUAUGAAUCCAACAACAUCAUCGAAUCCUCAACCGCGUCUAUCGUUAGACAGUGGUCUUGGGCUCACAAAUGAUUCAUUUUAUUCCACGGAUUUGAAUGAAACCCAGUUGAUGGAUAUAACUGCUGCGACUGCUUCUGAUGCUUCAACUAGUUUUCAAUCGGGACCAUUAGAAUGUUCUCCACCAACGAAAUGGGCUAGAGUUCGGACACCUCCUAAUCGGAAACGGACUGCUCGACAAAAUACGAAACAAGAAGAUUUACCUCCAAAUUUCAAUGUUUUUUCUCCUCCAUCGAAUAAGAAGGUGCGGAAAAUGUUUUCAUCUCCUACAAAUACAAUGAAAACUCCUGAAUCUCUACGAAAAUCUAUUCGAAUUUCGAGCCCGUCUCCGUUCAAAGUGACAUUCAGUAAAACGCCGCUGAAAUUGUCAAACAAUGAGAAUGUUACAGGGAUUCACAUUGGUCGAUCUGGAACAUACUACAAUAAGAAAGUUACCGGUAGUGCUUCAAAAAGAUGCUUACUACCUUCCAAACCCGAUGGGUUCACUUUUCUCGGAUCCCCGAAUUCUGACGUACUCGAUGUCCCAAUGGAAACUGUUUUCGAGGGCUUGGGCGAUCUUCCAACAGCAACACCAUCAAAAAUAAAUGCAGCACUCGAAGUUGGUGAUGAUUCGAUGGAUUAUCAUCAGUAUGCUGGAAUUAUAGAAAGUGGAAGCGCUCUGAGUAGAUAUACGUAUUCGUCUGGCCCACUUCUAGAGAGUCACAUGAGAAAUGUCAAAAGUACCCCAAUCGUGAGAACUGCUUCUCGGAACUUGUUGAAAACUAAUAAGGAUACAUUCAAUGUUGAACCAACGAAACAGAUCAACUCUUUCAAUAAGGUUGUUGCUGAAGCCCCAUCAAAUCCAGACAAGAUGAAAGAACCAUUCAUGAAAGAGCAAUCAGUGAAACCAAAAAGAAAAUCUUCCAAAGAAUCUGUUAUCCAAAAAACGAAGGAAAAGGAGAUGAAGAAUUGGAAAAUUACUCCAUUUGAAACACCGAAAAAAGAAGUUCCACUGUACUCGGGUCGUUGGCUUGUCAUCUCUACUGGUCGGACACUCGCUCAGCAAGAACUUUUCACCGAUGCCAAAGACUUCUUCCAAACGCACCGCCCAACAAAUCCUGAUUCAGAAACGGCUGGUUCAGCUCGGAGAAUCCCAACGAUCGCCCGCGUGACUCUUUUCAAUCAUCGUUAUCGGUCACACCGAUUUUAA